CAAUUACGCCACGCCUGUCAACGCAAUCCAUCGUCUCCUUGUUGUGAGUGCCCUGUCUCUUCUCCGAGUUGCGACUCCCGAUGGCCGCUCUGCAAGACCACCGCUUCUUGCCGAAACCCCUCGUUCCUCUCUGCUUCCCUGCUUCUCAUCUGCGCAGCUCUGUGCCCCUCUGCAUCUCGAUCCAUAAGGCCAAGUCUUUGGCCCAGAUUCCACCUCCUGAUGCGGCAAAUCCCCUCCGGAAUCUGUUCUCCGCCCGAAAGAUCCCAACUUUCUCCGGAAACCCUGAAGAGCAGACUCUUAGGAUCCAGGUUUCAUCGGAAAAGGCUUCACCUUUGUCGAGAAGUCUACGUUCCCUCAUCCGUUUUCGCAAAACCGCCCAUCGCCCCGUUUCCCUGUUUGAUCUCUUAUCUUCUAUUGAUCUCCAGGUCUCAACCCAAAAGAUUGCUUCUUGCUCGAGAAUUCCAUCUUUCCGUCACAGUUUUGCAUUGCUACUUUCUGCUUUUUCUUCUCCUUUCCCUGCCAACGCAGCCGACUCGGAGCAGGUCUCGCAGAAGAUCAACAUAGAACAUAUUCUUGUAUCAAUCGAUGAUUUCUUCAACCGUAAUCCAUUCUUCGUAGCGGGGGUUACCGUCAUCUGGCUUGUCCUGAUACCGCUGACACAAGAGUACCUCAAGAAAUACAAGUUCAUCAGCGCAAUCGAUGCCUUUCGGAAACUUAGGGACAUGCCCAAUGCCCAACUACUGGAUGUGAGGAAGAGGCAGAGUGUCAAGUUCAUGGAUUCGCCAAAUUUGAGGAUUUUGAACAAGAAUGUGGUUCAGGUGGAGUAUUCUGAUGGAAACGAAGAGGGUUUCAUCAAGGAGGUUCUGCGGAAUUUUGAAGAUCCAGGAAAGACUGUCAUCUGUGUUCUUGACAACUUUGAUGGUGAUUCUCUUAAAUUGGCUGAACUGCUUUACAAGAAUGGUUUCAAGGAGGCAUAUGCAAUUAAAGGUGGACUCAGAGGGAAGGAUGGAUGGCAGGCAAUUCAGGAAACCUUUCUUCCACCCUCUGUGCAUGUUCAUCCAAGGAAAAAGAACAUGGAAUCAGCAGAAACAGAGGCGAACAACCAAAUGAUGAAUGACCAGAUUGUGGCUUCUUCCAGCAAUCACCAUGACAAGAACUUGAACACGGACAAUGGUUUUGUAGAGCCUACAGAAACUAUCUCAACCGCAAAGCUUAAUCCAGAAAGACCGCUGUCGCCCUAUCCAAAUUAUCCCGAGCUCAAACCGCUUUCUUCUCCGUCUCCAUCAAAGCCUCAAAGUUGAAGCUGUGAUGUUGCUUGCAACUCGGUACACAUUCUUUGCCUUCAGUAGGCUUUUUUCUGGGUGGUUUAAAAGGAUGUCUUUUUGCUGAUGUGAGUAGAAGCAUAUUCAUGAAUUAGACUACUUUGUUCAAUUUAAUUGCCCCUUUGUACUUGUUUAA